UCAGCAAUAAUAUGCGUAAGGGUGGAUAUUUUUCUGCAGCCUAUAAUGCUAUUCGUGGAAGUGAAGAUAAAGAACUCAGAAACUUAGCUGCUGAUACAUUCUUCUACAACUUCGAUUUCUUGAAUGUCAAGCUAGAAAAGCUGGAACAAUCACAGAUUGACAUACAAGCCACUUCGGAAGAGAAAAUAAAAGAGAAAGACUUGAUCAUAGAAGGAUUGCACGGCAAGCUAGAAAAGCUGCAAAAAUCAAUGAUUGUCAUGCAAGACACUUUGGAAGAGAAAAUAAAAGAAAAAGAGUCGGAAAUUGUACAACUGAAUAGAAAGACUAGUCGAAUGAAAGAAGAACAGGAAAAGGCCUUGAAGGAAUCUCAAGACUCAUAUAAGAAAAAGAUUGAUGAACUAAAAGAAAAUAAUGACAAACUGCAUCAAGAUCUGCUUAAUCAAUUAGAGCAACUGCAAACUCCAACUCAGGAAAGAGGGCAAAAUGAAUGUGCAUCACUCAGUGAUGAGAACAAUGCCAGCCUAGAGGCACAUGAUGGUCAGAGAAGACAUACAGGUAAUUUUCAGCCAGCUAGUACAUUACCAUUGACUGCAGAUCAGGUAGAUUGUGCUGAAGAACAAGGAACUAUCGGGGAUAUGCAUAUCAAUCACUUGAAAUUGAAGAUGAAACAUAAACUGUACAAUGAACUUAAUCUUGAGAUUCCUGGCAGUGGUUGUGGCUACCAACACCUAGCAGAGCAUCUAGGAAUGCCUCCUGACGAAAUCAUGUAUUUAACUCAAAAUAAUAAUCCAGCUCGUGCUGUACUAGAGUGGUGGAGUAAGAGCAAAGAGACAACCAUUUCAAACUUGCAUAAAUAUUUGAUAAAGAUUGGUUAUACAAUGUUGGCAAAGGAGUUAGCUGAUUAUUAUAAUCUUGAAUGAAGACCAAAUAAUUCACCCAAACUGUACAGAAUUAUGCUAAUGUGGUUGAUUUUAAUUUGUGUGUGUGUACUUGGACUGCUAUAUGUUGCAAGGACAAAAAUACAGAUAUAUACAAACUUCCGAGAACAUGCACACCCUCCGAUAACCUUUUUCAUAGUCCUCG